UGUAGGGUACAUUUCAUUUGCAAUGAAAGGGAAUGCAGACUGGGAAUGCAGAAGUACUGAAAGAGGCAAUGCUACAGAAGGGACUGAAAAUGAUCCUAACACAGGUGAAUGUGUACGAAGUGAGACAAAAUUACAGACUACAGAAAUGUCAACCAACACACUUACACAAGAAAUGGCAGAGAAGUCAACAACAACAAAUGCCCAAAUUAUUAGGAAAGCAGGACGGGAAACAAUUUUAGGAGAUAUAGUGCAACUUACACUGGAUGAGAAAACAGCUCCUGGUUUCCUGAAAGUGGAGACAAAAGCAAAAAGACAACUAGUAACAUGUAAAGACCCAGGCAAAAUGGCUGCUCAGGGAACCCAGCAUCCUCAUGUUCUGUGUAAAGAGAGGUUCAGCUCACAUCAGCACUACUGGACGGUGAGGGGUGAAUCUUUCCUGGGAAAGCUGCCUGAUCUACUAUCCAGGCAGUCCUGGUAUGUGGGAGUGUGUACAGCCACAGCAGCAGAGAGUAAGGUGAAGCUUCCUCUAACUCCAGAAAAUGGCUACUGGGUUCUUCAUUAUCAGAAAGGAACUGGAUUAUCCACCAACAGUGAACCUACUUUUCCUACAUCAGGGAGGAAUGAUCAUAUUUAUGUACUCGGAGUGCAUCUAGACUGUGACAAUAACACAUUAUCAUUUUACAACUCUGACGAGGACACACAUAUUUGUACUUUCUACAACAUCCCUCCACUGAAGACAUUCAUUCCACUCAUCUGCCCUGGUGUCAGUGAUGGAGAUCUCAUGCUAUCAGCUGUGUUCAGAGAGCCAGAGCAAAAGUCAGAUGAUGUCAGGGAAGACUGUGAAAGCACAGAAAGGAGAGAUGAGCAUGAGGAUGAGAGGAAAAAGAGGAUGACCUCAGAUGUUGAGAUGGAGGAUCAGUGUGAAUCUGGCAACCGCCUCCUUCUUGAAGAAGGACUGCACUCGUUCUCUGCCACACAGUUCCUUGUCAACCAGGUAUUUGCUCCAAGAAUGUUUGCUUCUUGUGUUGAAGUCAUACUCGAGGAUGUGUUUUCUCCUGAAGCUGUCAAAGGCAUUGUUGUUGAAGUUGUGUUCACAAGGGUUAUUGUUGUAGUUUGGUAG